AUGGGAUAUGGGUUUUAUUCCGAAUUAGUUGAAAAUGUAUUAGAAAGUUCUGAAAGUGUCAAGAUCUUAAACAGAUUUUUAAGCAAUCCAAAUGCAUUUCUCUUUGACCAUCUUCUUACUUUAAAACCAGUCAACUUUUUGGAAGGCGAGCUUAUUCAUGAUCUUUUAACCAUUUUUGUGAGUGCUAAAUUGGCAUCAUAUGUCAAGUUUUAUCAGAAUAAUAAGGACUUCAUUGAUUCACUUGGUCUCCUACAUGAACAGAAUAUGGCAAAAAUGAGACUACUUACUUUUAUGGGAAUGGCAGUGGAAAACAAAGAAAUUUCUUUUGACACAAUGCAGCAGGAACUACAGAUCGGAGCUGAUGAUGUUGAGGCAUUUGUUACUGAUGCGGUAAGAACUAAAAUGGUCUAUUGCAAAAUUGAUCAGACCCAGAGAAAAGUAGUUGUCAGCCAUAGCACACACCGGACAUUUGGAAAACAACAGUGGCAACAGCUCUAUGACACACUUAAUGCCUGGAAGCAAAACUUGAACAAAGUGAAAAACAGCCUAUUGAGUCUUUCUGAUACCUGAAUUUUUAUGCUAUAUAAUUUUGUCCUUUUUGGAAAAAAAUCUAAAUCAUAGUAAAACAUAGACUGAAAUCUGAAAAAA